CUUCUCCUGCGCAUGCGCACUGCCCUCAGUCCUGGAAGCGCCAGGGCCCGCGAUGGCGCUGGUGCCACCCGGGCUGCGCCGCCGCCUGCAGGAGGCCCCGGCCCCGCUCCCCGCGCUGCUCCCUGCCGUGGCCCCGGUCCCUCCCCCGCCACCGUUCACCUUCGUCCCCCGGCGCCACCGCCUGGACCGCGUCCACGCGCUGCUGGAGGAUGGGGACGUCCACAGGCACCUCUACCUGCGGGGCGUCCUCAGCGGCCUGGCGGAAGCGGCGGAGAGGCCCAGGGUGUCUGAAUUCAGUUGCCACAUCUCUGGGUGCUGCCAGGUCUUUGACACACUGGAGGGCUACGAGCACCACUACAACUCACUGCACAGGAACGUCUGCUCCUUCUGCAAGCGAUCCUUCCCAUCAGGGCACCUGUUGGACAUUCACAUACUGGAGUGGCAUGACUCACUCUUCGAGAUAAUGGCCGAGAAGCAGAACAUGUACAAGUGUUUGGUAGAAGGCUGCACAGAGAUGUUCAAGAGCAGCGAGGACAGAAAGAAUCACUUGGUCACCAUUCACCUUUACCCUGCUGACUUUCGCUUUGAUAAACCUAAGAAGGUGAAAAGUGGCCCCAAGCACAUGAGCUCUUCCACGCAGCAGGGUGCCAGCGUGCCGAUGGAUGUGAGCAUGGAGACGUUGGAGCAAUGCCAAGUGGACCCCAUGGAAACAAGGCCCAGUGAGAACAUGGAGAUCCCUCAGCCUGCAGCCAGCCCCAGUCCUUCGGUGCCAGAGAAACGACUCUAUAAAUCCAGGGUCCCAUCCACCAUUUGCUUUGGACAAGGUGCCACCCGAGGAUUUAAAGGACCAAGGAAGAAAGUGUGAAGAAGCUCCCAGCAAAGGCAGUGCUUGGCACAGCAUGCAGACACAGGAUGGGAUGGGCUGAAGUACACACCGGUGGCUUGCAGAAAGAGUCCUGGACUGCAGUGGAGCACGGUGACGUGGAGCUGAGAAGAAAUCAACUGCUGGAGCUGAGACUACAUGAGAGGAAAAAAAAAGAUUCCAGAAAUUCCAAGGAAAAACUCUGCUGCCUGUACAGAAGCUGGAACCAAUGACAAAAGAAACCAGAAAAAAAAAAAAUUGGUCCUUAAUUCCAACCUUCUCCGUCUCCCUGAAGUCAGCUCUGCUCCCCAGCGCUUGCUCUUAAACCCACGUGAAAGGUUUGCCUGGACCAGGAAAAGCAUCCGGGUCCCUUGCAGCUCAUUUCCAUGGGGAGUUAAAAUAAGUGACUUCCAACUGGUUGAAUAAAUAAAAAGAAUUUUUACAAAAUUGCCUUGAAGAGAAUUUUAUGCUGUUUGAAGCCCAGGCAGAGUCAGAUGUGAAGAAUGAACCUCCCUUUGUUCCAUGAGCCCCAAAAAGCAGAGUGAGGUGGAGGUUAUUUUUCCUUGUGCCUUUCCCUUCCUUUUUCAUCUUAUCCUACCAGGAGAAAAGAUUCUUUGGAAAUGUAAGGCCAGGCUCAAUGUACCGCCGCCAAGUCUCAGGGUCCUGUUGAAGUGUGGCACUUAAAAAAUUGUCCAUAAAGGGGGGAAAAAAGAGGUUGCUGAAAUGGCAUUUAUCCAAGUAGCUUAGGAUCUAUAAUUGCUUUUUUCACCCUCCCCCCUCUCUGGGAGGAACAAGGGAUAAAAAGGCCUUUGAAAAAUCCUUGCCAGUAGCCACCUCUGAGAACCCUCACACACCCAGAGCCCACAGCCACCCCUGAGGACUCGCGCACCUCCUCUGCCACCCACGUGUUGCAGGAGGAGGGGGAACAGUGAAGAGCUGGGGACAGGCUCUGCUUAUUGGGGAGAUGUCGGUUGUUUUUUGAUGGCAUAAAGAUGAAGCCCCUCGCAGCAAGGGUUGGGGAGACCUCACCCACGGGUGGACAUACCACGUGGUCUUUCCCUUAUCUUGUCGCCAAGAAUCAUCAAGAUUAACUGCUUGGGUACGGCUAAGCUUUAAUGUCUCUGGAUGGGAUUAAUUUUAUCCGUUUGGAUAGGCAGUGAGGUUCCAGGAAUACGGUGGGCUUGUCAUUUCGUGGAAAAAUUAUGAUGGCACCUCUGUGUAUAUGAAGUUCUCUGAAAUCACUGUUGGGUAGAAGCACUCUGAGGACAAAUCCCAGUGCUCCUCCAAUGCUGUAUAAAAAGAAUAGCUACUUAAUAACCACACUGGUUAUUGAGGGUAAAUUUAUUUAUUUCAUACAUAAAUAGUCGUCUGCUUCCUCCUCUCCUGGGACUUUGGCCACAUUCCAGGAGGAGGAGGGGCAGUAAGCGGCAGGAGCCAGACUCGACUCUUUGGGGUGACGUAGAUUGUUUUUGCAAUGGUAUAAAGGCUGAGGAAAGAAA